ACCAAAUCAGCUUUUUGAUUUCGUAAGUCUCCAUGGGCGAAUGAAUACUCCGCUAUCUACGAAGUUUGUUUUCAAUGUUAACAUUUUAUUGUGGCUUAACCGUUUUGUUUUGACUGCUGCGUUUGAAUCAAUAAAGGGUUUACUAAGAAGAAUUGUUCUGAGAAGAUUAUUUGAUUCCGAAGAUUGA